AGGGCGGCGUGGGGAGCGAGAGGGGCGGGCGGCGGCCGGAGGUUUGGCGCGGCUUCCGCACGGCUUCACCUCAGCCCGGUGGUCCUGUCGCCCCCUGUCCGCCAUGGAGUUCAAGCUGGAGGCGCACCGCAUCGUCAGUAUCUCGCUCGGCAAGAUCUACAGCGCACGGGGCCAGCGCGGCGGCCUGAAGCUCCACAAGAACCUCCUGGUGUCGCUGGUGCUGCGCAGCGCCCGGCAGGUUUACCUGAGCGAGCCGGGCUGCCCUCCUGAGCCGCCCCCCGCCGCCUGCGGGUCCCCCGACGACGAGCAGCCGCCCUGCACCACUGUCUGGGCGGCCGGCGAGGUGCCGCCCCCGCCGCCGCAGGACGAAGCGGGUCGGGGCGGCUCACGGCUGCCCUGCGCGGACUGUGAGGGCCCCCGGCCGCGGCGCUGUUGCUGCGGCUGUAGCCGCUGCUGCGCGGCGGCGGACGGCGAGGCGAACCGCUCGGUUUGCGCCGCUGAGGCCGCGGCCCCCCCGCCGCCUCACUGCCCCCGGAAGCGCAGCGCCGGCGAUCGGGGCCAGGCGGGCUCCCCAGUUAAGAAACCCCGCCGAGAGGUGGAGGAGGAGCCGCCGCCUGGCGAGCAGGAGGACAUGGAGACGGGCAACGUCGCAAGCCUUAUCAGCAUCUUCGGCUCCAGCUUUUCAGGACUGCUCAGUAAGGAGCCCAAGGGCCGACGGCGGGCGCCCCUUGACGGCGGCGAGGCGACGGCGGCCACGACACCCACCGACGCGGCGGCCGAGCCGGGACAGAUUUGCUGCGACGAGCCGGUGCUGCGGACCCUCAACCCCUGGAGCACGGCCAUCGUGGCCUUUUGACGCGCGGGCCGCAGAGACUGGCUCGCCGCCGCGGGGAUGGGGGCCCUGUUGGGACGGACGGGCAGCUGGACAGAGAGGUGAUACCCCCCGCACCCACGGCCCGGCGGAGAAGGGCGGGCAGCGCCGCGGGAAUUCGGCGCCGGCGAGUCCCGGCGCGUUGCCGGGGCGCACGGGAAGGGCCGCGGGGCAGGGGUGGCAGCAGCAGCAGCACUUCCCCGCCGGCAAGCUGGGUCCCGUCUGCCGGCAUCCGCCCUGGAAGCGCCCUCGGCCCUACCCUCCCGGAAUUCCCCUUCCCGGCCGGGCCGCCGCCCUCCCCGGCGCCCCUGGGAGGCUCUGCCGCAGCUGCCGACACCGGGGGCGCACCCACCGGGUAGUAUUUUAAGCUUGGAAAGUAUUAAGUUUAUUAAAUAAAGUCUCUAUUUUGGGAAGGUUUAGGUCAGAACUAUUACGUGGUGCUUUUUAAAAGUGUUUAUUGAGAGAAACGAAGUUUACAGACGCUCUGACGGCAAGUCCUUGAGCCUGUUUGUUAGGCUUGGUAACUCCUGGUCUUUGUUGUAUAAAGGCUUGGGGCUCCCGUAGGGAUUUUGUACAGUGUUUUCCUUCAGUAUGUAUCUUGUUUUGUAUAAAAUGUAAUUCUACGUGUACAACACGUAUUAAAUAUUUUCAACUGUACAA